UCUCAAAAAAUGAUUAUGUUUCCUCUCUCUUACUACUCAACAAAAUUUGACUAACGCUAAGAAAGAAGAAAAUGUACAGAAAUGAUGCAUCUCCUUUCUCUUUUUGACUUUUUGUGUUUGUUUUUACUCUCUUCUCUUGCAUUGUAGUUGAGCUACAGUACAAGGGAAGCACAUAUCUAUUUAGAGCUUAAUCACACUUCUCAACCUCUCAGAAUCGAUCAACAAAUAGCAGUUGUCUUGAACAGAGAAGAAAACAUCAAGGUAAUGGCACUUAUAGCUUUCACGUCUGGGACCUGAACUGACCUGAUUGUGGCUUCUUCUCCUACUAAGAUCAAUAAAGGGAAGCUUAUAUAUGCAUUACAAGUACUUCUGGUGAUAUACAAAUGGCUCAACAGGAAGAAGGGUGGCCCCUGGGUUUACAGCCCCUGAAUGUGAGAGUUGGUUUACCUAGAAAUGGUGAAUUUUCUGGAUCAGUAUCUUUCAACACUUUACUCACUGGUUCUCCAACUUCCUCAACAGAUUCCUCAUCAGAUUUAGACACAGAGUCUACAGGAUCUUUCUUCCAUGACAGAAGCAUUACGCUUGGGAGCCUUAUCGGUGUUUCUAACAUAUUGGAGUUCUCUAGGAAAUCAUCAAGGGUAAGGAAAGUGAAAGUGUUAAAGGACAAGAAGAGCGACAAGAAACACAAAACGUGGAUUUUCUCUUUAUGUUCAAGAGAAACCACUGACGCCCAAAGUGUGAACAAUCCUCCUCCUCUUGCCCACUUUCUUGCUGUGGAGAGAAGAGCAGCCAAUGAAUAUAGAAGGAAUCAAAGACCUAAUACAUAUGAUGAACUUUCCUUAGCUCAGCCUUUCACAGAACCUAACUCACUAUUUGUUAAUGGCAGAGUUGCUCCUCCUAGAGUGAGUCCAUAUGAGACUGAUAGUGAAAAGAGAAGAAAUGGAGGGUUAGAGCAUGGUAAUGGGCAUGGAGUUCCAGUCCUAUUUUCUUGCAUGUGUGGACAACUCUCCUAGAAACUAAGCUUGUCCAUAUUUUUGUUUUCUUUUAUUGAUGAGAGCUCCUAAAAUAGUUUUAUAUC